AUGCUUCACGGGGCCGAGCGGGGGGCAGCCCCGCCGCUCAUCCCCCGUCUCCCUGCCCACUCCACCCCCAUCUCUUCCCUUCUCAGCCCCCCCCCCCCCCCCCCGGGGCGGAACCUUCCAGUGUCGCCGUGGGCGCGGCCGGUCCCAUUAAUCCGCGGCACCGGGGCAUGGCAGCGCCGGGGGUUUCGAGCCCGGAUCGGGGCCGCUGGGAGGGUGUUGCCAAGUCAAUUCUGUGCCGCCCUGGACCGGCUGCUGCCCCUUGGCCCCUGGAGACCCAUCAGCACCUUCUUCAAGGCCUCGGACCUGCGGGUGGAGUUGACCAAGGAGCCCAAGCCCAAGCCGGAGGUGGGGCAGCUGCAGUUCGGGAAGCAUUUCACUGACCACAUGCUGACGGUGGAGUGGGACCGGGAGCGGGGCUGGGGCCAGCCCCACAUCAAACCUUUCCAGCACCUGAGCCUGCACCCGGCCUCCUCUGCCCUGCACUACGCUGUGGAGGUGUGUCCCUUCGACCAGCUGCAGCUCCUGGAGUGUAUCCGCCGGCUUGUGGCCAUCGACCAGGCCUGGGUGCCGCACUCGGACAACGCCAGCCUCUACAUCCGGCCGACCUACAUCGGCACCGAGCCGUCCCUGGGGGUGUCCCGCCCCGGCCACGCCCUCCUCUUUGUCAUCCUGUCGCCGGUGGGCGCCUACUUCGCCUCUGGCCCCAUGGGCGCCGUGGGGUUGCUGGCCGAGCCGCGCUACAUCCGUGCCUGGCUGGGGGGCGUUGGUGACUGCAAGAUGGGGGGGAACUACGCCCCCACCAUCCUGGUGCAGGACGAGGCGGUGCGGGCCGGGUGCCAGCAGGCACUGUGGCUCUACGGGGACGAUCACCAGAUCACCGAGGUCGGCACCAUGAACAUCUUCCUCUUCUGGACAGACCCGCAGGGCGAGCUAGAGCUGGUGACCCCCCCACUGAACGGCAUCAUCCUGCCCGGGGUGACCCGGCAGAGCCUGCUGGACUUGGGGCGCAAGUGGGGUGAGUUCAAGGUGUCGGAGCGCAGCAUCACCAUGGCCGACCUCCUCCGGGGGCUGCGGGAGAAGCGGGUCCGGGAGGUGUUCGGCUCGGGCACAGCCUGUGUCGUCUCGCCCGUGAGCCACAUCCUGUACCAGGGCAAGGUGGGACGCCGGGGGGACGGGUCUGCCGGGCGAGCUGGGAUUCCUGGUGCCCCCAUCCCCUGCGCCCCGACUCCCCUCUCCCCCCUGCCGCCGUCCGUCCCUGUGCCCCCAUCCCCUCCGGAUCGGGACGGGGUCACCCCACCCGCCAGCACCAGCGUAGCCGAGCCACUGCUGGGCACCCGGGAGCAGUGCAUUGUGGGAGACUGGAUCGACCAGUUGCAAUGCCUUCUGGGCCGGGCCGUGUCCCUGGUGCCAGGCCGAUGGGCACCGCCCUGCUGCCUGCCGGGCAGUGAAGUGCUGGGCGCUGACCCAAAAAGCUUUUUCUAUUAA